AUCUAAUCGAGAAACUGGGACCCAUUUAGCUAGGGUUGCCAUACUGUGGUACCUUGGUUUCCGAACGUCUCCAUUGACCAGGCAUCCCCAAACUUUGGCCCUCCAGAUGUUUUGGACUACAAUUCCCAUCUUCCCCGACCACUGGUCCUGUUAGCUAGGGAUCAUGGGAGUUGUAGGCCAAAACAUCUGGAGGGCCGCAGUUUGGGGAUGCCUGCCGUUGACGAACAUUUCGGUUUUCGAACGCUGUAAACCUGGAAGUAAAUGCUCCAGUUUUCGAACACACCUCGGAAGUCGAACAUGCCACACGGCUUCUGCUGAGUGUAAGAUCCUGAGGCCUAGCUGUCAGCUUUUGAGUUUUUGGUUUUCGAAUGUUUCGGAACUCGAACGGUCUUCCAGAACGGAUUACGUUCGAAAACUGAGGUACCACUGUAUUUCAAAAAGUGAAAUUUUGGACUUAUUUGGGGGAAAGUUCUAGUUACAGGUAGGUAGCCGUGUUGGUCUGCCGUAGUUGAAACAAAAUUUAAAAAUUCCUUCCAGUAUGUCAUUGGUAUGAGCUUUUGUGUGCAUGCACAUUUCUUCAGAUGACAAACUUAGUUGGUCUCGAAGGUGCUAAUGGAAGGAUUCUUUUGGGGGGGGGAGUGGUUGAGGUUGUUUUUUAUUAUUCUUUGCGGCCAAGGUUGUCGUGCAAAAUCUCAAAAAUGAAAUUUGGCAAAAUCCAGACUUUCGACAUGGGUUGUCAUAUGUUCGGAUUUUCCCAGACAUUUCAGUGAUUUCUGCUUCCAACUGCUGUAUUCCAGCUAUGUCUGGGAAAUUCCAGAUGUAUGGCAACCCUAAUUUUGCCACCUGUGGGCAGGCGUCUUCCUGGUUUCCCAGCAUUCCAGUGGGGUGGCCAAAUUCAUCUCUGGCAGCAAAAAACCGACAAAGCGUUUUGUGGCUCCUGGAACGUGGAAGGAUUAAUUGUGGCAUAAGCUCUUGUGGAUCGAGCCCCCACCCCACCCAGCAACGACUCCAGAUGCACAGCCAGCAGGUUGUGGCGCUUCCCACAAGACCCUUCACACACUUUGGAGGAUUCCCUGAAGUAAUGGUAAAGAUGGAAGAAGACAAACCUGAGAGUGGAGGCAUGGAGGAAAACAAGGCUGCUGAGGCUUCCUGCUCAGGGCUUCCUGCGGUGACUGUGAAGGUGGAAGAAGAAGAGGAGGAGGAGGAGCCCUGGGAUUCAGAUCAUCAAGGCUGUGAGGAAGGAUUUACUGGUGUGAUCGUAAAGGUGGAACCAGAAGAGGAGCCCUGGCUCUCCAGUCUCCAGACAUCUCAGAGAAGUGCGGCUGUCUCAGGAGUCCAGCCAGGCAAUGGCUAUGCCAAAGAAGAGGAGGAUUUUCUGCCUGGGAGUGUGAAGCACAUGGAGCCCACGAGGGCAUCGUUGACGAUGGCCAGAGGGAGCGUUUUCCGGAGAGCCAAUCAGUACAGAGCAGAAAGGCAGCAGGGAAGCCAGGCAGGGAAGAGAGUUUGCAAGAAGCCCUACAAAUGCUCCAACUACGGGAAGGUCUUCGUCUGGAGAAAAUACUUCCUCGCCCAGGAGCGAGGCCACGCGGGAGAGAAACCGUACACGUGCUCGCAUUGCGGGAAAACCUUCAACGGGCGCUCGUACCUCCUCGCUCACGAGAGAACCCACACGGGAGAGAAGCCCCACAAGUGCUCGCUCUGCGGGAAGGGCUUCAACGUGAGGUCUUACCUUAUCGCUCACUGGAGAACCCACACAGGAGAGAAGCCCCACAUUUGCUCGUUCUGCGGAAAGAGCUUCAGCGGGAGGUCCAACCUCAACCGGCACCAGAGGAGCCACACGGGAGAGAAGCCGUACACCUGCUCGGCGUGUGGCAGGGGCUUCAGCCACAAAGCGCACAUGAUCCGCCACGAGAGGAUCCACACGGGGGAGAAGCCCUACAAAUGCUCGCAGUGCCUGAAAAGCUUCAGCCAGAGCUCCACGCUGAUCUCCCACGAGAGGACCCACACCGAGAAGCCCUACAAAUGCUCACACUGCGAGAAGAGCUUUGGCCAGAGUGCCAAGCUCGCCGCGCACGAGAGGAGCCACACGGGCGAGAAGCCGUACGAGUGCCCGGCUUGCGGGAAGGGCUUCAACCACCGCUCAGACUACGUCAUCCACGAGAGGACCCACACGGGCGACAAGCCGUACGCGUGCGCCAUUUGCGGGAAAGGGUUCAGCGGGAGGUCCAACCUCACCCGGCACGAGAGGAGCCACACCGGGGAGAAGUCAUACCUCUGCUCGGUGUGCGGGAAAGGCUUCUGCCACAAGGCCCACCUCCUCCGCCACGAGAAGAUCCACACAGGGGAAAAGCCCUACAAGUGCCCCAACUGCAGCGAGAGCUUCAAGCACAGGACGGACCUCAUUGGCCACCAGAGGAGCCACUCGGGGGUCAAGCAGUACACCUGCACAGCCUGCGGGAAGAGCUUCAGUGGGAAGUCGAACCUUAACAGGCACAAGAGAAGCCACACGGGAGAGAAGCCCUACACCUGCCUGGUCUGCGGCAGGAGCUUCAGCCACAAAGCACACCUGAUCAGGCACCAGAGGAUCCACACCGGGGAGAAGCCCUACAAGUGCUUGCACUGCACGAAAAGCUUCAAUCAGAGUUCUACCCUUACUGCUCACGAGAGAACCCACACGGCAGGGAAGCCGUACAAAAGCUGAGCUCGGACACUGCGGGCGUCUGUUUCGGAGUACAGAUCCUAACGAGGUUGUGAAGUGAUUUGUGUGUGAUGUGCUUUUAAAGUUUGUGUGUCACCUCAGUCAACUUUCAGGCAAGGAGGAUGUGUGUGUGUUUUUCUCUCUCAUAUAUAUAUAUAUAUAUAUAUAUAUAUAUAUAUAUAUAUAUAUAUACACACAGUGGCACCUCGGAUUAAGAACUUAAUUCGUUCUGGAGGUCCGUUCUUAACCUGAAACUGUUCUUAACCUGAGACACCACUUUAGCAAAUGGGGCCUCCUGCUGCCCCCGCCCGCUAUUUCUGUUCUCAUCCUGAAGUAAAGUUCUUAACCCAAGGUCCUAUUUCUGGGUUAGCGGAGUCUGUAACCUGAAGUGUCUGUAACCUGAAGCAUCUGUAACCCAGGGUAUCACACUGUGUGUGUGUGUGUGUGUGUGUGUGUGUGUGUAGGCUCAGAAUGUGAGGGGCACCCCAGGCUUUCUGUGAACUGAGGAUUUUUCCUUCAUUCUUCCCUCAUUAUCGAUUUGGGAGAGAAAAGAAUACACAAUCCUCUCCCCUCCCCCUCAGCAAAAACAGAAUGACCCGUCAUGAAAGAAGAUUGUAGCGCAGUGAUAUAGCACUUAGCUUGCUGGCAGAAGUUUAAUCCCUGGCAUCUUCAUUUGGAAAAAAAAGGGGGGCAAGGACAGUCACAACGAUCAAAGGACUGCCUAGAAAGGUCACAACAUUUGGCUUUUUUAGAUUAUAGGAAAGGCAAGUAAGACAGGGUGGGAAGACAUGGUAGAGGUCUGUAAGUUUAUACAGUGUGGAGAAAGUGGAUAGGGAGGUGUUUUUCUUGCUCUUAUAAUAUUAAAUCGUCGGGCCGCCCAAUGAAGCUGGAGGGCAGGAGAUCUCGGACCAGCAAAAUACGAGGCUUCUUCGCAAAGUGCAUGCUUAAGCUGUGAAACUCACUGCCCCAUGAUGCAGUGAUUGCUUCCAACUUGGGCAGAUUACGGUGGGUUAGACAAAUUCACUGAGGUCAAUGCUAUCAGUAUCUACUCAUCACGAUGGCUAUAUACAGGUAAAACUCAAAAAAAUUAGAAUAUCGUCGAAAAGUGCAUUUAUUUCAGUAAUGCAACUUAUUGUUUUUUAUUUUUAUUUUUAUUUUUACAAAUGCUUUCUUUUGGAAAUUCCACAGUAAUAAAACAAAUACAGUGCUACCUCUACUUGCGAAUAAUUCUACUUACGAAUGUUUCUACUUACGAAUGGAGCUCCGUCUGCCAUCUUGGAUGCGGUUUAGAUAGGAUUUUUUCUACUUACAAAUUUUUAGAUAGGGUUGCUUCGACUUACGUAUUUUUUCUCCCAAUGCAUUCCUAUGGGAUUCGACUUACAAAUUUUUCGACUUACAAAUGUGCGUUCGGAAUGCAUUAAAUUCGUAAGUAGAGGUACCACUGUAGUUACAAUAAUACAGAAAUAAACAAAAAUAAACAUCACUAUUACAUUUCAUUUAUUACAUUCCAUUUAUAAUUGACCCACCUAACGACAAAUAAUUACAACAAAUAAAGGCUUGGCAUAUCUUGCUUUGCAUGUCAUGCAUCUAUCUCAUAUAUUGGUUUCACCUUUUAAGUUGCGUUACUGAAAUAAAUGCACUUUUCGAGGAUAUUCUAAUACAGUUUCACCUGUAUUACCCACAGUAGCAGAACUUGGGUACCAAUUUCCGUGGAACAUGGGUGGGAGAGUGUUAUUGUGCUCCGAAGCAUCUAGCAAACCUUUAGGGAAAACGGAGAAUGCCAGACUAGAGAGGCCUUUGUUUUAAGAGGGUAAGAGACACUCUCAGAGGUGUGCGAAGAGCCAAACAGAACCUCCUCGUGCAGAGGCAUUUUAUCUGAAUACCAGGUGCUGGGGUCAAGUAUCCCUGCGUCCGACAAAAAUGGCUCCCGGACCAUGAAAAUGAAUGUCACAAUAAUAAAUCUGUUGGCUGGACAUUUGGGAUUUUUUAUUUUACUUGAACUGAAUCCAGACUAACACAGCUGCGCCCCCCCCCCCCAAGCAUGAUGAAAAGAAAACACACAGAGUGCAGUCCUGUACACAUCUAAUCAGAUGUAUGCCCUAUUGAGUUCAAUGAGAUUUAGUAUGCAGUCCCAGAAACUACAACUAAUCCAGAAUGUGGCAGCAGGAUUGGUGACUGGGAGUGGCCGCAGAGACCAUGUAACACUGGUCCUGGAAAAGACCUACAUUGGCUCCCAGUACAUUUCUGGGCACAAUUCAAAGUAUUGGUGCUGAUCUUUAAAGCCCUAAAUGGCCUUGGCCAAGUAUACUUGAAGAAGCGUCUCCACCCCCAUCAUUCAGCCCGGACACUGAGGUCCAGCGCCGAGGGCCUUCUGGCGGUUCCCUCACUGCGAGAAGUGGAACCAGGCACAGGGCCUUCUCGGUAGUGGCACCCACUCUGUGGAAUGCCCUCCCACCAGAUGUCAAGGAAAUAAACAACCACCUGACUUUUAGAAGACAUCUGACGGCAGCCCUGUUUAGAGAAGUUUUUAAUGUCUGAUGUUUUAUUGUGUUUUUAAUAUUCUGUUGGGAGCCGCCCAUAGUGGCUGGGGAAACUAGAUGACCCUUAGUGUCCCUUCCAACUCUGCAAUUCUAUGAUCUUAAGGCAGGGCUGGGUCUGUGCCCCUGUCUCAAACCGUGGAAAGCCACUGCCGGUCAGGAUAGACCAGGGUUUCCCAAACUUGGGUCGCCAGCUGUUUUUUUGGACUGCAGUUCCCAUCAUCCUUGGCCACUGGUCCUGCUAGCUAAUACUCUUAUCUGCAAUGCAAAGGUUUUGGGUGUUGCUCAGUCAGUUCCUGAUUUUCAGCGGAGGAGGCAUUUCCCUGCUCUCUGGAGUGGCUCUGUUUGUAACCCCACCGACUCCCUCUUCUUGCACCAGCCAUGGGGUGGAUGUUUUUUCUUCUACCACCCCAGACCCUUCAGAUAUAUCCCCUCUUCUGCUACCACUCACCCACCUAUGUCCAGCCCCUUCUGGGGGCCAGGAUCUGCAGUCCACAAUUGCACCGAAAAGGCAUUUCUCCCUAAAGGGGGAGGGACUGGAAAAAGCCUCCCGCUUCGUUCCUUUCCUUUCCCUCUCUUUAUUAUCGCAGCUACCCAAUCACACGUUUCCUGCUUUCUCUCUCUAGGAAUUUCAG